UCGCGGGGUUACGUCAGCAGCCCGCCGGCCAUCACGAGAUUAACUGCAAUCGAAGACAAUGGAAGCAACCCAUCUUCUUCUCACCUCAUCUUCCUCGGAGUCAUCGACAUCCCCAUCCAGACUCCCAACGGCAGUGCGAUGUAAAUCGGCAAAUCCCGAUCCUUACCAGCCUACCAAAUGUCCAUGGCUCAUCCGCCCCCGCGCCUUAUCUCCAACCACCCUUUCCCUUGACAUCAUCGCAGUUUGCGACAGCUUAACAACUGCCUACACACUACCAAAGAGCAUAUAUAACCAAUCGGUACCAUGCCUCCCAAAAAGCGCAGCGCCCCAAGCAGCGGCCCCGCGCCCAAACGCGCACGCCAAUCCAAACUCGCCAAAGAAAACGACAUUAGCGCGUCGGAAGAGAACGAAAUCAAAGAAGUAUUCCACCUCUUCUCCGAGACCGUCGAGGAAUUCGCAGAUCAAAAGGAAGGCGUGAUCCCACGCGGUGAUGUGCGCAAAGCCUUAGUAGCCCUCGGCCUUGACCCCACCGACAGCGAAGAACUCCACUCCAUCAUCUCGGCUGUCGACCCCACGGAUACCGGGUACGUGCUGUACGAGCCGUUUCUGGCUGUCGCGGCGGCGAAGCUACGAUCUAGGUCUGAUGAUGCGAUGGCGGCGGAGGUGGAUGCCGCGUAUCGGUUGUUUACGAGGGGGUCGGGGGGAUUGAUUACGUUUAACCAUUUGAAGAGGAUUGCGCGCGAGUUGAAGGAGGAUGAUCUUGGGGAUGAAUUGUUGAAGGAUAUGAUAUUGGAGGCGAAUGGUGGGGCUGGGGUGCAUGCUGGGGUUACGUUGGAGCAGUUCCAUGAUGUUAUGACUAGGGCUGGGGUGUUUUGAUUGUCUUUUUGGUUUGCUUAGUUGGGGAUAUGGGAUGGGAUGGGUUGAUACUUCAGCGGGCGUUGGGUAUGUGAUUAUGCUGGUUACUGGGGUGUUAUUUACUAUCUGGGACAGGGUGUUGGGUCAUACGGCAUGCUUCUUGGGAUUAUACCGGAUCGGUUAUGGAGUGCCAAAAAUAGUGUACUUUAGCUAUAAAGCGA